AUGAGUCAGGAGCAGGCAGCCUCAUUACUGGCGCACGCUUUCUUCUGCACGUUCCCCAGCAGUUCAGACGAUCUACCGUCUGUGAAUUUUGGAUACUUGUUCAGUAUGAAGACGUCAACAUCGAUGGAAAAACUGCGUUGCGUAUUCCACUACUUCCAUACGAUCUCCAAGAAAAUGCCCACUGGGCUGCUCACGUUUCGCCGACAGAAAGAUUCGAUGCCUGACUGGUCAUCUUUGCAAAUGCUGCUCUCGAAUUUGUGCGUCACUUCCUCUGGACGAAUUGAAGAUAAUGGGUAUGGUAUGCUGCAAGUGGAUUUUGCCAACAGUUACAUCGGGGGCGGGGUGCUGGGCAACGGCUGUGUUCAGGAAGAAAUCAGAUUCCUGAUUUGUCCUGAACUAAUGGUUUCGAUGCUGCUUUGCGAGAAAAUGGAUGAUAAUGAAGCGAUUGUUAUUUGCGGUGCUCAGAGAUUCUCCAGUUACACUGGGUAUGGUCCAACAUUCCGCUGGCAACGUAUGGAACAUGAAGACUCUACGCCAAGGGAUCGAUUUGGCAGAUUGCUUUGUGAACUGGUGGCGAUCGAUGCCUUACCUUUCCUGCACAAAGAUAUGCAGUUUCAUGUGGAGCUGGUGGAUCGCGAAUUGCUUAAGGCUUACGUCGGUUUUGCUGCACUGAAAAAUGAGACAAGGGGAGUGGCAACUGGUUUGAUACAGCUAAUGGCUGCAUCGGCGCGAAAUCGGCCGCUUUGUUAUUGUACGUUUGGGAAUGGUCAGUUUGCUGAUAGUCUGCAAGCAGUGUACACACUGCUCAAGCAGCACAAUGCCACAGUUGGUAUGUUUUAA